AUGCUGCAGCCAGACUUGAAUCUACUCGUGACGGCAGGAGAAGAUGUUUUAACGAGAAGCAGCGAUGAAAGGCGCCCGACAGAAGCUCCAGAGAAGCAGGAGAACCCGUUUGACUUCACUCCGCAGCUCCUUCGCCUCCACAAAGACCACGAACUGUUCGAGGAUGGAGACAUCCAGAGACACCUGUCUAUACAAGACCUCUUCAUUUCAGAGACAGAAGACACAUCUGCGCUCAGCGUGUCGGAGUUUGGCUGUCACAUCUCCGACUGCAGCGCUGUCUUCAGUACUUUGGACGACUAUGAGCACCACUACAACUCUCUUCACAGACACGUGUGCUGCUCCUGCCGCUGCUCCCUGCCCACUGCUCGUCUCCUCGACAUUCACAUCCAGGAGUGGCAUGACUCUCUUUUCACUGUCCUCGCCCAAAGGCAAGACAUGUACCAGUGCCUAGUUGAGGGUUGUGGACAGCAAUUUAGGACUAGUAAACAAAGGAAAGACCAUCUGAUAAUGAGUCACAAGUAUCCUCCAGACUUCAGAUUUGACAAAAACAAAAAGGGAAGAGGAACCAAAGCAAAGAGACAGCAGCAGAAGAACACAGCAAUGGAGGUUGUAGGUGUUGUGCAGGAGUCUCAGGGUGUGUGUGAGAGUAUAAGUGAUGAUCCUGAGGAAGAACAAUCCAUGGAAACGCAUGUGUCUAGUGAAGAAGGGUUCCUCCAACUGUGUGUUUUGGUCAUGGCUCGGUUCGAGGCUUCAGAGGAGGACGAUCCAGACGGAAAUAGAGCUCUGCAGCUGAGCUUUUUGUUCACUGCCCUGUAG